AUGGCGGCGUGCAGCAGCGGGGCUGUGCUCGCUGCCCUGGGAGUGCUUAGCAUUUGUGCGGUCAGCGGCUCUGGGCCCAUGGCUGAGGGGGAGACCGGCGGAGAGGCGGGCUGGGCAGAGCCGUGGGAUGGUGCAGUUUUCCGGCCGCCCUCGGCGCUGGGCGCGGUGGGGGUGGCGCGCAGUCCCGGGCCCUCGCAGCCAGGGAGGGAGGAGGCCGUGGACUUGCCGGUGCUGCUGUGGUGGAGCCCAGGGCUAUUUCCCCACUUCCCGGGCGACUCAGAGCGCAUCGAGUGCGCGCGCGGCGCGUGCGUGGCGUCCCGGGACCGACGGGUGCGAGGGCACUCGCGGACGCGCGCGCUGCUCUUCUACGGCACUGACUUUCGAGCCUCCGAGGCGCCGCUGCCGCGCCUGGCGCAUCAGAAUUGGGCGCUUCUGCACGAGGAGUCGCCCCUCAACAACUUCCUGCUGAGCCACGGGCCGGGCAUCCGCCUCUUCAAUCUUACUGCCACGUUCAGCCGCCAUUCGGACUACCCGUUGCCGCUUCAGUGGCUGCCCGGGACCGCUUAUCUGCGCCGCGCGGCGCCUCCGCUACAGGAGCGCGCUGAGUGGCGCCGACGCGGCUACGCGCCGCUGCUCUAUCUGCAGUCCCACUGCGACGUGCCUGCGGACCGGGACCGCUACGUGCGCGAGCUGAUGCGUUACAUCCCGGUGGACUCCUACGGGAAAUGCCUACAAAAUCGGGAGCUGCCCACUCCGCGGUUACAGGACACAGCCACAGCCACCACCGAGGAUCCAGAGCUCUUGGCCUUCUUGUCUCGCUAUAAGUUCCACUUGGCCCUUGAAAAUGCCAUCUGUGACGACUACAUGACAGAGAAGCUGUGGCGCCCCAUGCAUCUUGGUGCUGUGCCUGUGUAUCGCGGCUCUCCCUCUGUGAGGGACUGGAUGCCCAACAAUCACUCCAUCAUCCUCAUUGAUGACUUUGAGUCACCUCAAAAGCUGGCAGAAUUUAUUGAUUUUCUGGAUAGGAACGAUGAGGAAUAUAUGAAAUAUCUGGCGUACAAACAACCUGGGGGCAUCACCAACCAGUUCCUUCUGGAUAGUCUGAAGUAUCGGGAGUGGGGAGUGAAUGAUCCUUUGCUGCCUAACUACCUCAAUGGCUUUGAGUGUUUUGUCUGUGACCAUGAACUGGCUCGGCUGGAGGCCGAGAAAGCACACGCAGCCUCUCCUGGGGACAUCCCUGUCCCUGAGCCUCACAUUGCCCAGCCCUCACACAUGGACUGCCCAGUGCCCACACCUGGAUUUGGCAGUGUGGAAGAGAUUCCUGAGAAUGACAGCUGGAAGGAGAUGUGGCUGCAAGAUUAUUGGCAAGGUCUGGACCAGGGGGAAGCUCUCACUGCCAUGAUCCACAACAAUGAGACAAAGCAGAGGAAAUUUUGGGACUACCUACAUGAGAUCUUCAUGAAAAGGAACCAAAAUCUCUAAUUAUCCUUGCAAGAGCCUUUAAAUUGGUAGAGUUAAGGAGAUGGAAGUCCUUAUUCUACCAUGGGACAUGAGGGGCAUCUACUGCAUAUCCCUUAACGAACACUGUCUUAUUAUGAGUUCAAGGAAUUCCAGUUAUAUCCACUGAUAUUUUACCCUAAUGAUGUGUAUCCAGUGUCUCAGUUUGUGGUAUUAGGGCCUCUCCUCAAUGAGAGAUGGAGGCCUCUAGUUCUUGGAUUAAUGGAAAACAGAAGCCUGAAACACCCACUUGUUUUAAAGUGCUGAUCCAACAGAAUCUUUAAAGAAUUGCAUCUUUCUCUAGCCAUUUCAUCCUCUUAACUGUGAUUGGAACAACACCUUGGUACUUGGCUUAAGAAUGAGGUAAAAUGGACCACGUUUAGUAGGGUCUUAAAAUUUCCGUGCUCUUCUUUAAACUCUUUAUUAUUCAGUACCUUUCCUUUAUUUAUUUUUUUUACAUUAAAAAAAAAUUUACUUUGAGAGAGAAAGCACAAGUCAGGGAGGGGCAGAGAGAGAGGAGAGAGAGAGAGAGAGAGAGAGAGAGAGAGAGAGAGAGAGAAUCCUAAGCAGGCUCUGCAUCGUCAGUGCAGAGCCCAAAGUAGAGCUCGAAGCCAUGAACUGCAAGAUCACCACCAGAGCCGAAGUCAGACACUCAACUGACUGAGCCACCCAGGCGCACCUAUUCAAUACCUUUCCUAAUCUCUUUUCAUCUCCUGCUUUAUAAAUGGUUACAUUGGUGGUGAAGCAAAACUCCUGGUGGGUUGUGUUAUGGUUCUUUGGAAUUGCAUUUUUUAUAUCAUUUACUUGCUCUUGAUGUCAAACUUUUUAACUUUUUUUGGUUCAGGUCAUGAUCUUGUAGUUCAUGAGUUUGAGCCCCAUGUCAGGCUUUGUGCUGACAGCUUGGAGCCUGAAGCCUGUAUCCGUUUCUGUGUCUUCCUUUCUCUCUGCCCCUCCCUGCUAACGCUCUGUCUCUUUCUCAAAAGUAAACAUUAAAAAAAAUUGUUUUAAUGGUUUUUUCUUUCCUGGUUUUCCGUAAUCUGACGAAGAUGCCACCAUCCCCACAUUCAUUCUCCUCUACAUUAAACUGGCUGUAGAUUUUUGACAGCUUUGCUUACUGCUGGUUUGCUUCUUUUUUAGGGAAUAACUGUAAUUCUUUCUCAUCUCAUGAACAGAAAGAUCCGAUGGUUAAUAUAUAUCAUGUCAAUUUAAUGAAUUGUCCUGCUCUAUUUUAGGUUAGAGAUAGAGACUAUGGCUGGAAAUGAUGGCAGAAAAACAAAUUUAAUAUUUAAAUGAUUUUUUAAAUGUUUUUAUUUAUUUUUGAGACAGAGCAUGAGCAGGGGAGGGGCAGAGAGAGAGAGGGAGACACACAAUCUGAACCGGGCUCUAGCCUCUGAGCUGUCAGCACAGAGCCUGAUGUAGGGCUUGAACUCAUCAACUGUGAGAUCGUGACCUGAGCUGAAGUCCGUCGCUUAACCGACUGAGCCACCCAGGCGCCCCUAAAUGAUUUUUAAAUGUUAAAAUAGACCAGGGUGAAUCAAACUGCAGGUUUUUAUAGGUCUUUGGUCUUUUCUGUCUGCCUAAUGAACUCUUCUCUAUAUUUUAUUAUUUAAAAAAAAUUUUUUUUAACGUUUAUUCAUUUUUGAGAGACAGAGACAGAGUGCAAGUGGGGGAGGGGCAGAGAGAGGGAGACACAGAAUCCGAAGCGGGCUCCAGGAUCUGAGCUGUCAGCACAGAGCCCGAUAUGGGGCUUGAACCCACAGACCAAGAGAUCAUGACCUGAGCUGGAGUCGGCUGCUUAACCGACUGAGCCACCCAGGUGCCCCUAUAUUUUAUUAUUUUUAAAUGCUACAAAAGUCCUAUUUCCUCCAUAGAGUCAUGAAAAUUACGUUGGAAAAAACAGCCCAGCAAUAGUUGUAAUAAUUACUUCAUACUAUGGAACACUUUUCAGUUCCUGUGGGAUGAAUAUUCCAACUUGACUCAUUCUAUUACUGAUAUCCUUCUGUUCAACUUUAUAGUACUUAGUGAGACUACAUUUUGAUGGAACAUACCUAAACUCAAGGGGCUGAGAGGUGAGGCAAGACUUAUGUUGGUGGUGAAGCAAAACUCCUGGUGGGUUGUAUUAUGGUUCUUUGGAAUUGUAUUUUUUAUAACAUUUACUUGCCCUUGAUGUCAAGGGGCUGAGAGGUGAGGCAAGAGUUAGCCACCACAAGUGGCUGGUUCAGUAAAAAGCUGUUAGGCAGAUUUGGGGAUAUAGCCAAACCUUUAUAUUGCUGUGGCUUGAAAAUAAAGCUUAAAGGGCAGGGAGACCAUUAGGUUUUUCAGGGCCAGUGGAACAAGAAAUACCUUGGACCUUAGAGCUACUCUGGUUGUAAUGUGUAGUAUUAAUGAAUUAUCACUAAAGAAGUUCUAUAGCUUAUCAGUGUAUCUAUAAAUUAAUAUGUAUAUGUACUUAUAUAUAUACACAUACAUACACUAAUUUACAACCAGAUGUGUGUGUGUGUGUUUAUGUAUGUAAGGUGCUUCAACAACUAGGGUCCCACACUUAAUAUUGUGACAUCUAAGGAUGUGGCCAAGGAGAGCUCUAAUUUAGACUGGAUUUCACGGUCAUAAUGGUUCUAUUUUCAUUUUAUUUUUUAGUAAAAAAUACCCUCACAACAGCAUGGAAAGUUUGCUUAACCUGUUUGGGCUUUUGCAGAAAAGCACAAGAGGGGAAGAUAGACCUUCAAAUAUACUAUUAAAAUUGGGUAUAAUGUAGACCCACAAAAAGAAGUCAAAUUCAGGACUCUGAUUUCUAAACUUGAAAUCUAUUUUUUUUUGGAGUAGUUUUUGUUCUUGUUUUUAACGUUUAUUCAUUUUUAAGAGACAGACAGAGUGUGAGUUGGGGAAGGGCAGAGAGAGAGAGGAAGACAGAAUAUGAAGCAGGCUCCAGGCUCUGAGGUAUCAGCACAGAGUCUGAUGUGGGGUUCAAACCAAUGAGUCGUGAGAUCAUGACCUGCACUGAAGUCGGGCACUCAACUGACUGAGCCACCCAGGUGCCCCUAAACUUCCAAUCUACUUAAAUGCAGGUGCUGAUUUAUAGUGCAAAAUACACAUUACUCAAAUGCAAACUAAGGUUAGGACUCAAGUUUAUGUGCAAUGAAAAGGGUAAGUGAUGGUUAUGCAAAAUGUAGAAUCAUCCUUACUUCUCCUAAUUACACCAGUUCAGGUUGGCAUUCCUUUAGCACUUUUAUGUACAAAAUGGGCCAAUUGUUUGUGAAUGGUUGUGGCUGGAGACUCAGGCCUGCUUUGUGGACAGGGCUUUUUAGACGUUCUCCUUUAAUCCUAUUACCAUAAAAGUAUUCGUAAAAGAGCAAGAUAAGCCAGGUGCUACAUUUCCACAAGAGCAAGCAGAACCAAUAUGAAGAGAAAGCAAACAAUGUGAAUUUUCUCUGGUUUGGGGCUCAGUUUGCUCUGUCAACCGCAGCAGGCUUGGGGUUAUUGGUGGUAGAAGUGCUUGAUUAGGAAUCUGUUUUAUUGGACUGGGGGUGGAGCAUGGGGCUGAUGCCUUUAUUACUCCAUGUGUUGCAAUAUCCUAUAAUCUCAGGUUUCAUUUUGUAUAAUAAAUGGCUUCUUUUUAAACAGUG